CUAAAACCCAUUGACGACAUAAAAGCUCAAGACGCAAAAACCCUAAAAAAGUUGAAACCUUCUCUCUCUAUUAAGCCUCCCUUCUCUUGUCCCUCUGAGUCCCUCUCUUUCUCUCGCUCUCGCUCUGUGCUUUCUGGCCUGUGUUGUAUCUCUUGGGCUGUGGCAAAAUAAAAAAGAAGAUUAAAAAGAAAAAACUUCUGGUCUUCUUCUUCCAAUCAGUAAGCUUGUUUUCUUAUGUGUUUUUUGUUUGAGGAGCUGGAAAAAUGCUUCUGCUUUUUGAGACUCCUGCAGGUUUUGCUUUAUUUAAAGUAUUGAAUGAAGGGAAGCUCUCCAAUGUUGAGGACUUGUGGAAGGAGUUUUCCACUUCUGAGUCAGCCAGACAGGUGGUAAAGCUGAAAGCUUUUUCCAAGUUUGAAAAUACAUCAGAAGCUUUGGAAGCUGCAACCCUUUUGAUUGACAGCAAACCAAGUAAGGGUCUACGCAAGUUCUUGCGCACUCACUGCGAUGGUGAGGCAUUAGCUGUGGCAGAUUCGAAGCUUGGAAACAUCAUAAAGGAGAAAUUGAAAAUAGAUUGUAUCCACGACAAUACUGUUAUGGAACUGAUGAGAGGAGUGAGAAGUCAGCUGACUGAACUCAUUUCAGGUCUUGCAGUUCAGGAUUUGGCUCCAAUGAGCUUGGGCUUAUCUCAUAGUCUAUCUAGAUACAAGCUCAAGUUCAGUGCUGAUAAGGUUGAUACAAUGAUCAUUCAAGCCAUUGGUUUGCUUGAUGAUCUUGAUAAAGAGCUGAACACAUAUGCAAUGAGAGUUCGAGAAUGGUAUGGUUGGCAUUUUCCAGAGCUUGCUAAGAUUGUACAGGACAAUAUCCUUUAUGCCAAGACUGUGAAGCUGAUGGGUAACCGUACAAAUGCUGCAAAGCUUGAUUUCUCUGAGAUUUUGCCAGAGGAGGUUGAGACAGAAUUGAAGGAAGCAGCUAUGAUAUCCAUGGGAACUGAAGUUAGUGACCUUGAUCUGAUUAACAUCAAAGAACUCUGUGAUCAAGUGCUCUCUCUUUCAGAGUACAGAGCUCAACUUUAUGAUUACCUAAAAAGCAGGAUGAACACAAUUGCCCCAAAUUUGACUGCUCUUGUUGGAGAGCUUGUUGGUGCUCGCCUCAUUGCUCAUGGCGGUAGCUUGUUGAACCUUGCAAAGCAGCCUGGGAGCACAGUUCAGAUUCUUGGUGCUGAAAAGGCUCUCUUUAGAGCUCUGAAGACCAAGCAUGCAACUCCCAAAUAUGGGCUUAUCUACCAUGCAUCCUUGAUUGGUCAGGCAGCCCCAAAGCUUAAGGGGAAAAUUUCACGAUCGCUUGCUGCAAAAACUGCAUUGGCAAUUAGAUGCGAUGCUCUUGGAGAUAACCAAGAUAACUCUAUGGGACUAGAGAAUCGAGCCAAGCUCGAGGCACGGUUAAGGAAUCUUGAGGGCAGAGAAUUGGGUCAUUAUGCUGGAUCAGCUAAAGGCAAACCUAAGAUAGAAGUCUAUGACAAAGAUCGAAAGAAGGGAGCUGGGGCAUUGAUAACUGCUGCCAAGACCUAUAAUGCUGCUGCAGAUUCCAUACUUGGGCAAACAGCAAAGACUAAUGUUGAGGAUCAAGAAGCAGCAGUUCCAAAGAAGAACACUGAAACUGCAGAGGCUCCAGCUACUGGUGAAGAUAAAAAAGAGAAGAAGAAAAAGAAGAAGAGGGCUGAUGACGAUGACACGGUUUUGCCUGAUUCAAAUGCCAGUGUACAAGUAGAAGAUGAAGAGGUCACAAAGAAGAAAAAGAAGAAGAAACAUUCAGCCAAGGAUGUUGAGGCAAAGGAUACUGAUGAAAACGGCGAUGUCGUAGAAAAGAAGAAAAAGAAAAGAAAACAUGCUGAAGAAGAAGAAUCUGAAGUAUCCAUUAAAAAGGAGAAAAAGAAGAAGAAGAAGAAAAGUGAGGAUUAAAAAAGAUCUGGAAAAAAGUUGUAAUGACGGGCAACCCAACAAUUUUGGUUUAUUUAGGCUAUGUUAGGUAUUCUAUAUGUAAAAUUUAAUUUUUUCAACCUUUUUUUUUUUUUUUUGAAUUGUUGCUCAUGGAGGAACACUUAUUGUUGCUUUGGCAAUGAGCUAUGUACUGUUGCAUAUGAUCUUCCUCCUUUUGAAAAUUUCAAUUCUCGUUUAUACUUUGGUACUAAAUGGGCAGUUUUCUUUUUUCUGAUCA